AUGAUGGCCACGAACACCUCAUCAGGCAGUGAUCCAUCCAAUGAUAAGGGCAGCAGUAGCACGAACGUUCAUCAGCUCACGCAUCAAGGCUCUGCUUCAUCACUAAAAUCAACAUCAUCAUCCUCUUCACUUUCUGCAACAAACUCACCGGUAGCAACUUCACCCAAAAACCCUUCUCUUCCUUCAAAUAGUACCAUAACAACACUUUUGAGUAAAAGCGGAGCAACAACAUUCUAUGAUUGGUUCAACCAUAAUUUAACGACUCCGAUCACUGAUAACAUUAAAACAGCCAAGUCAUUUGUAUCUUCUUCUUGGAAAGGAGUCAUGUCAAUCACGAACAAUGUAAAAGAGAGCGUUAAUAUUCGCCGAGUUUUGGAAGAUUUUGUGCAGGUGGGAACAAACAGCAGACAUUCUUCACCUGCAAGAAACGAAUCAACAACUGCACCUCACCGAGAUCAUGAUCAACAGUCAUUUCAAAUUCAAAUAUCAUUAACUAACCUGAUUGACAAUGUAGACACACUCUCUCCUUUGUUUUAUAAUGAUGAAUUCGUUUCCUUUGAUGCAUAUCAAGAGUUUUUAUUGGACUAUUCCAAAAGGUUGAAUAAUUUCAUGACGAAUUAUUUCAAAAUACAGGACAACAUCGGCAUCAACUCUAAAAAGUUGCUCGAAUUGUAUGAUAUGUGUAUUCUAAUAACGAAAGAAAAUUCUCAAACAAACAAGAACAAGAAGUAUGCUAACGACAUUGAUAAAUGUAUACAAAAAUGGCUAUUUGAGAUUAUUGCGGUAGAUGGAACGUUUAACAUUCAUCAGUACAAGGAUCGACAAUUGUACAAAAAGUUGAAACUAUUUCAAAAUAUACUAGAACCUAAAAAUUUGGGACUGCCAGAUGAUUUUUACAAAAACUCUGAAGCAUGGAAUGAAUGUGUACAUUUAUUGAGAAAAAUUGGUCAAUAUAAAACACCAUAUGGAAAAAAGAUUAUUAUUGAGCGAAUUUUUAGGGGAAUUUCAGAAGUGUGCUCGAAGAUUGACAAGGCAUUCUCUUCUGAUCACCUUCUGAGCUGUACUAUUUAUUUAAUAUUGAAGGCCUGUCCUCAUAAUUUGCAUAGUGAUAUGUGGUUUCUCGUUACUUUUUGUUUAGAUGGUAUUUAUGAACACGAAGGAAAUGAGAUAUUUGGCUUUUUAUUAACAAACACGUAUUGUGCUUUGGAAUUUUGGGAUAAUGUCCCAUCCUUCAAUGAGGAUGGUCCAACAGGGUUUGUAAAUAUUGAAAAGAAAGACUCACUGUCUGCAUGCUCUUCUGGUAGCCAAGGAUCGACCUCUUCCGCCUCUACAGAUGAAGAAAUUGUUUUUGAAAAAUUUAGAGUUGAUGAUGAGGAAGAAAGAGCCAAAUUCAAGAAGGCGUUCAAAAUGGCUCGAAGAAGAACGUACAUCUUUGAGCAAAUGAUAAUCGACAAUUUUCAUCAAUAA